CAUUUCAUACUAAAGCUUUCGUCAAUGGUCGCCAAUCGCCACUUCUCAUCCAGUUCCAGACAAACUCAAAGGAUCUAUCGAAAAUUCCAGUUCGCGAAUCCAUUGUCACUGCGUUUCUCGCUCCUCCGACGAAGGUUCUUAAAUUGGGUUCCCAAGGUUGCUUUAUAAAUGGCAGACGCAAAACCUGGAAUGAGGAAGCCAGUGUUCACCAAGGUUGAUCAACUUCGGCCAGGAACCAGCGGACACACACUUACGGUGAAGGUGGUGAGUUCGAAGAUGGUGUUGCAGAAAGUCCGCCCUGAUGGGCCCCAAGUACGUCAGAUGCGAAUAGCGGAAUGCUUGGUUGGAGAUGAAACUGGAAUUAUUGUUUUUACAGCCAGGAAUGACCAAGUGGAUUUGAUGAAAGCUGAUACAACUGUAAUCCUGCGUAAUGCGAAAAUCGACAUGUUCAAGGGUUCAAUGAGGCUUGCUGUAGACAAGUGGGGCCGUGUUGAAGUGACUGAACCAGCGAGCUUCACUGUGAAGGAAGAUAACAACCUGUCGCUGGUGGAAUAUGAAUUGGUGAAUGUUGUUGAAGAGUGACUUGUGUGAAUCAGUUGCUUCCCCCUCUGAAGAAAAUCAAAUGAAGUGAGAUGUGAAUGUGAUUUUUUUUGAGGUCGGCAAUAUGUUGUUUUCCUGGGCAUCUGGCUCUUUGUUGCCUGGGAAAAUUCUCUUCUAGGAAAUCUUGAAGCUACUACUACUGAAGGGAGUCGGGUUAUACCUAAGCUGUGACACCUGACUGAUGACAAGUCAUCUGCCAAGAGCAGUUGUUUUAUGGAGUGCUUUCCUGUUGAUCUUAGGACCAGAAUUAUCAGUAAUGAGAUUAAUGUAUAUGAAUGUUCCACAAGUGUAGUACUUCAAUUUCAUGCUCUAACAUGGAUCUUCCUUCCCCCUGCCUGUUAUGGCCACAGUUAUUUCAGCGUUUUAAUGUUUUUUGUA